AUGAGGGCAUGUACACAUGCUCUAUACCUAUCACACUUCACUUAUGUCGCUAUUGCUACACUCACCGAGCCCAGAAGCUCACCUGACUUAUGCAUGAAAAGUUGUGAGAGUUCCUUGCAGCCACUGCGAUUUGUCGACGUAAGCCCUGCGGUAUCAACACCGCAGCAAGCGUGCCAAAGUCGUCUCUCUUUAUCAUCAAGGUAUCUCUGUCUUGGCCUCAACUGUGGAAAGGAAACGCGCGACCAGGCUUUGCGACAACUCAAUGCUACCUGCUACGAUUCGUUUGGCAGCUCUAUCCCGUCCUUCAAGACAGAUUUUACGAAUGAGGAAAUAGCAGGCCUAAAAAGAGUCCAUAAAAAUGAUUCGUUUAGCUCUGCAUACCCUGUAAAUGAGGCAGUUGUCCCAUCGCCAGAAUUCUUUAGCGUCUGGUUCGACACUUUGGAUGCCUCGGAAUAUGCGCGCAGACAUCAUUAUCUCUAUGGCAUCGGGGUGAUGGUCUUUUGGGUUGUCGUCGCACUUCUAGGCGUUUCACACAAAGCGUACCUGGCAAUCUCUCGAAUUUGUUGCAGCCAGAACCGCUUUACGUCUGUUGGGAUCCCCUCACAUACAAGUUCGUGGUUAAAGCGCCAUGUAACCAUUCCAGCAACGUUUGGGUACAGAUGUGCUCAGAAUGUCUGGUGGGCUACAAUUCCUCCACGAGUUCAGACAAUUACUCUCAUGAUAUUCUUUUUGAUGAAUAUCAUCUUCAACAUUCAUGGUUAUAGAGUUAUUGACGAAAGCCUCUAUUUUUCCACGCCCACCAAGCAGAUUUUACGUUACGUAUCGGAUCGCACUGGAAUUAUUUCUUUUGCCAACUUUCCUUUCAUAUGGCUAUUUGGAAUGAGAAACAGUGUCGCUUUGUGGCUUACUGGUUGGGACUUUGGAACGUAUAAUAACUUCCAUCGAUGGGUCGCCCGAAUAUCGACUGUGGAAGCUAUAAUCCAUUCGGUGCUUUACACCGUUCUAAUAUUCAUGAAUGGAGGAUUAAGCUAUUACGCAUGGUGGUUCACUAUGUGGUUUUGGAACGCUGGCCAACUGGCCACUAUUUUUAUGUGCGCGCUGUUAAUACUUUCCAUGUAUUGGAUAAGACGCCGGUUUUACGAGGCCUUUCUAGUCAUCCACAUCGGGCUAUCCAUCCUGAUCCUGUUAACAAUGUUUGGACACGUUUCAAUAUUUAACGGAGAAUAUGAUGCAUUAUUUUGGGUCCCAGCAAUCAUUUGGGUUUUCGAUCGAAUGAUGAGGCUUUUACGAAUCAUCAUCUUUAAUCCUGGACAAUGGUCAACUACUGCGUUGGCAAGCUACAAUGCCUCUGCAAAUAUCAUCCGCCUAACUGUUCCCACCGAUACAUCAUUAUAUAAGCCUCAGGCGGGGAACUAUUUUUUCCUAUCAAUAUUAGACGACUCGAAUUCUUGGGAGAGUCACCCUUUCACGGUCGCUUUAGUAUCAGACCAAAUGCCGCAAAAGAUGGAGGGCUCAGAGGAAAGUCUACCGCUUUUGGGUUCCCCGGUGGCUACCCCAGAGACGCAUUCUCAGUAUACAGCAUUGGAAGCAAGAAAAGAGCAUAUGGCAUUUCUCAUCAGACCAUAUGAUGGAUUCACAAUGCGCCUCAGAGACAUGUCGGCUGACGAAGAGGCGAAUCCUAAGCCUCUUAGAAUACUAGUGGAUGGGCCAUACGGACAUACACAACGAUUAGACGAGUAUCACCGUGUCAUUUUCAUCGCUGGAGGAUCGGGGGUUGUCGUUGCACUAUCAUACCUGACCUCUCUCUGCAGAAAAAUGACAACGCCGACCAAAAUCGAUCUACACUGGGCGGUCAGAGAAUCUGCAUUUGCAAAGGAUGUUAUAUCCUCAUAUAUUUUAUCCACAGAAGUCACGGCUGCUAUAGACACGGGCAGACUAUCUCUGCAACUUUAUAUGUCUUCUCAGCUCGAGAGUUUCGCCACUGAUAGUUUGCCAAGCCGAGUGCAGCAACAUGUUGGCCGACCUGACAUUGGCUCGGUCAUUACGACUGCAGCAAAAGAUACUCAAAACGGUAGCAUGGCUGUCGUGGCAUGCGGGCCCGCGAAACUAGCAGAUGAUUCACGACUGGCAGUGGUUGAUGCACUAAAGGGGGGAAACCACCACAUCGAUUAUUAUGAAGAGAGCUUUGCUUGGUAA